AUGUCCUUCUCAAAUCUCGUUUCUGACAUCGCAUUCCGCGACUCAAACGCAGACGAGCGCGGUUCAACGAUUUCCCACGCCCAGUCACGCGCUGCCCGAUCAUACGCCAGCACAACAGCCACCAGCGUCAGCAUCUCUGGAGAUAUCUCCAGCCAACUCCAUGCCGGAUACAGCCACCCACUCAGCCGAUCCUGGCAAGCAGAGCGCCAAUUGACAAAGGUAACCACCAUACCACACCCAUCCACCCUCACCACCCCUAACAAAUCCCAGGACAUGCUCAUCUACCCGCUCUUCAUAACCGACAACCCCGACGAAGAAACACCAAUCCCCUCCCUACCAAACCAAUACCGCCGCGGCGUCAACAAACUAAUCCCCUUCCUCGCCCCCCUAAUCCGCCGAGGCCUCCGCUCAGUAAUGCUCUUUGGCGUGCCCUUGCACCCCUCCGCAAAAGACGCCCUCGGCACAUCCGCCGACGACCCCUCCGGCCCCGUAAUAACCGCCAUCCGCCUCCUACGCACCCACUUCCCAACCCUCUACAUAACAACCGACGUCUGCCUCUGCGAAUACACAUCCCAUGGUCACUGCGGCAUCCUAACCGAAGACGGCACCCUCGACAACGCCCAAUCCGUCGACCGAAUCGCCGACGUAGCCCUCGCCUACGCCCAAGCCGGCGCCCACUGCGUCGCGCCCUCAGACAUGAACGACGGCCGAAUCCGCGGCAUAAAACUCAAACUAAUCGAAGCCGGCCUCGCCCACCGCGUCCUGCUUAUGUCCUACUCCGCCAAAUUCUCCGGAUGCCUCUACGGACCCUUCCGCGACGCAGCAGGAUCCUGCCCCUCCUUCGGCGACCGACGGUGCUACCAACUUCCACCCGGCGGACGAGGUCUCGCGCGGCGCGCAAUCGUGCGCGAUAUGAACGAGGGCGCGGACAUCAUCAUGGUCAAGCCGGCGAGUAGUUAUCUGGACAUUAUCCGGGACGCGAAGGAAUUGGCGCAGGAUUUGCCGGUGGCGGCUUAUCAGGUUAGUGGGGAGUUUGCUAUGAUUCAUGCCGGUGCUAAGGCCGGGGUGUUUGAUUUGAAGAGUAUGGCUUUUGAGAGUACGGAGGGGAUUCUCAGGGCUGGAGCGGGGAUUGUGGUUAGUUAUUUUACGCCGGAGUUUUUGGAGUGGUUGAAAUAG